CUGCAAUACAAAGGCUCCAAAUGCCAGCAUACCUCACAAGCCAAGAGCAACUAUCAAGCCAGGUCCACACAUGACACAAAUAAAUGCCCACUCAGUCACGCUUUGUCAGCCACUUGGCUGAAAGGCAGCACACUCAGCACUUCCCGCAGCCUCGCCACCAUCCAAUCAGGCGGCUCAGAAGAGUCACCACUCGCGCCGCUCUGCUCGUCUCCCCGCCUGGCCAGCACCGUCAUGAGAUGCCCGUCAGGACGAACAAGCAACGCGAAAUCGCUCAGCAUUGCUGAAGGGCCGCCUUGUUUCUUGCUGUACGUCUCGGCGAAGUCGGAUAUGUCGGCGCCUUGUGGCUCCUGUCGUUGCUGCUGCUGCUGCUGGGUGGCGCUUGCGUCUCUCGGUGUAAAGUUGGGAUGAUAGUGGGGCGGGAUGUGCUGAAACAGCAGAGACAGGAAGUCCUCUGCACACAGGUACACAGACAGAUACGCAGACAAUGAGUGCGCACUCUCGGUAUGUGUGUGGGUGUAUGCCCGUACCUCUGGCCAAUGGCGAGCUGUACACGCGGAGAACCUCCUGCUGCUGCCCCUUGCCCACGCCCCUGCCCUCCCAGUAGUCCACCAGUGGGCGAUUCGACCAGAUGGUGGUGUGGUCGGCCUGCAGCUGCCAGGGGGGGGACGCGCCCGCGUCGCUCGGCCAGUCCGUCCCCCACACAACACUGGACACAAGAGGGGCGGACGAGCCUGUCGGCACUAGCUGACGAAGCGCCACUGACCUGCACACACACAAGGGACACAGAUGAGAGGUAUGCGCCCUUCUAGUCUUUCGUGUGCUGGCGUACCACAUGUCAUCGAAUGCCACCAGGCCGUAUGCGUGUGGUGGGUCCCAUAAUGACGGCAGGUCGACGGUCGAUACCCUCCCGAUGGAGUGGCUCUUGCUGUCCUUGUGCUGUGUCCGCUCUCGCUUCAGUGGGAUGAACAGCUGUGCGUGCGGCAGCCGGCUGCCGAUGAGCGUCUGGGGGCGGUAGUGAAAGGGCGACUUAGACACCUGCACACAUACACACACCAGGGGAGAUGAAAUAUUGACAUGUGGAUUGUGUGUGUGUGUGUGUGUCUCUCUCUCCCUCUGUGUGUGUGUGUGGUUACUAACUGUGAGGUGCGGUUUGUUGAGUGGCGAUGUGGUGCUGGUGUCCUCUUGUUGUGGUUUGUGCAGGAGGGAUGAGUUCUGGUAGGUGACCAGUAGGUCCAGGCCGGGAUAGAUGAGACUCAGAUUCCUCUCCUCGUCGCGCAAACACUCCUACAAACACCCACCCAAACAAACACUCUUACACACGGCCUCCUGCAGGCAUGUGCGUGUCGGCUCGUCUCCUGCUCACCUCAAUCAGCUGUUUCCUGCUGGCCCAUCCCCCGGGCAGAUUCUUCCACACAUCGACUUGCACCCGCCCCACACGCAAGGCAGUGUUGACCACCGUCCCCGUCCAGCCGCCCCCUCCCUCGCCCCUCUCCCUCUCCUUUUGCUUGACCGGCUGCACGUCGCUGCCAUUGCCGUUGCCGUCGCUGCUGGGCGGUGGAGGUGUCGGGGCGUUGGGCAUUUGCUGCAUGACAUUGGCGACAGAUUUUGCGAGGUCGAAGUUAAGCCCGAGAGUGUUGGGGAUGUGCAGAGAGCGGCGGAAGUUCCGGAUGGCCUCAGAGCAGUUGUACUGAGGACAGAGAGGGGACAGAAUGUCGUGUGUUUGGUGUGUGUGCCACCUGUGUGUGCCUGCCCGUUACGUACCAGCGCUGCUGUCUUUCUUUCCUCUUCAUAGCUCCUGAGGCAUCGCUCGCUGUCAGCCGACAGAGCACCCGACCUGCACACACAUCGACGGAUGGGUGAAGACAUGGAACACCGUCCCAUGUCUGUCUGUCUGUCUCUUUGCUUGCGUGUGUUUGUCGUUGGCGAGGAUGUGUGAGAGCUUCCACGCCAGGUUGUAGGCGUCAGCGAUGCCCAGAUUCAUCCCGAACCCUCCCGCCGGCGGCAACCGGUGCGCCGCAUCGCCACAGAGGAUGACCCGUUUGCUGCGUGUGUCGACCCAUGAGGAGGCCACCUCAGCUGACAUCUUCCACGCACGGACACCCUGUAGGACAGACAAACACAGCAGAUGACAUAGAUGUGCGGCGCUGCCGAGAGGCUGUGUGCGUCUGCUGUGCCUGUAUGUUGAGGUCAGGGAGUGUCUGCCCGGCCAUGGCGUGGAUGAGCUCCCGGCAACGAGACUCGGGGAAGUCGCGAGAGAGAGACUGAGGUACGGACAGAAACAGAGGCAAUGUGCGCGUGUGUGUUGGUCCAUGUCUGCGGUUCGUUUCUCGUUGUCGUGCCUGGUGCGGAGGGAAGUAGGGGAUCUGCGCGACGAACUCGCCGCUCUGCAGGUCAUGGCCCACAAGGAUCACUAUAAGCUGACACACACACACACACACACACGGCCCACAUCCAUACCCAUUGCCCUUCCACCUGUGACUGGCCGACCGACCUCUCUGUUGAAGAGGAAGUAGAGCAUCCCGGGGUUUUUCUGAGCGAUCUCGCCCAUCCGCUUGGACACGAAGUACACGUUGAUGAGGCUCUGCAGACACUUCUCGCCCCGCAUCUCCACACCCAUCAUCUCGCGAACCCUGCUGUGUGCGCCGUCACACCCAAUCAGGAAGGACGCCUCCGCCUCUCCCUCCUCCCCACUCUCCACCUCCCGCACGCGGCACGUCACGCGACGUGCCGUGUCCGUGUCUGUGUCUGUGUUGGGCUGGGGGGCCUCCAUGCUGACGCACUCGACACCCAGGCGCACGUCGAUUGGCGAGCGGAAGAAGGACGACGGCUGGGCCGUCUGUGUGGCUGCGACGAGGUGGGUGUAGAGGAGGGGCUCCAGGUGGUGCUGCGGGAAGUGGCCCACCUUGGAAGGACUCAGCGCCCAAAGAGCCGCUUCGCGGUCUGCACAGAAGAGAGCAGCGAAGGAAAUGCGCACAUGUGGGAUGCGACCGUAGUGAGUGGUUGACUGACCUUUGAGGUGGUCUCUUGCCGCAAUGACGGGGUCACUGAGUGACGUGCCGUACACGAACGACCGCCAGUGCUUCAUCGGCGGCAUGUGCUGCUCUAUGGCGAAGUCAAGAUGACCCAGCGAGCGCCACACUGAACACACACGUUUGCUUCUUCAUGUAUUCCCAAAUUUCACUCAUCCCCGCUGAGCUCUCACCUUCCAUGGUUCGCUGGGAGAGGUAAUGCGCCUGCGGGUGCUGCCGCAUCUGUGUCUUCUUGUCCAUCAGCAGUGUCUUGACGCCAUACUUGGACAGCAGGAGUGAGAGCGUCAUGCCGACAGGUCCGGCUCCCACCACUAUCACAUCGGCCUUGACGCGCGGCAACGGGGAAUUCAUCUUUGAUGAAUCACUGUGGUUUUCUUCCGAGG